AUGAUGUUUGCAAAUGAUAAAGAAUCAGUUAAAAAGUCCGUCGAUGCGCCAAUCUCCAAUCCUCAGCGAGUCAAUAAAUUUCAGAAUCCAAUAGAUGUCUUUGUGGACCGAAUUGUUGUCGAGUGUGAACCAGAAAUGGAAGUUUGUUACAAAGAGAAUAGUUACCAUGUUGUGAAGGAUAUAUGCUUUGAUAAAGGGGCUUUUGCUAAGCAUAAAUUCAUGUUUGACGAAAGUGUUGAUGGAGCCGCUUAUAAUUUCUUCCCAUUGGAGAAUUUUGAGUAUAAUCGAAAUCCAAAAGAUAACACUGGUAUGAAGGUGUUAAAUCAACCAGAAACUGAUGAUUCUGACGAGGCAUCUUCUAAUCAUGAUCAGCACAAUGAUGUAAUUCAUAAAGAUGACAGUGAGAUUGAAGAACUUGUCGAUAACUUCACCAAAGCGAUGGAUUCACGUGAAGACACACAAGAUUCUAUACCUACUGGUGGCAAGGAUGAACAGCUUUCCGUUGAACAUAAUUCGCACUCUCAGUUGAAAGACUCAAGUAAUAUGAUUGAGGAAGAAGUAUUGGCAAGUCCCACUUUAGGAUUAACCGUUGAUGAACCGGAAAGUGAUUAUCAGUUUGGGCCUUCAGCUCCUGCGGUCUGUGUCAAAAAGCAACUUCACCAAUUUGGUGGUUGUAACUGUGAUGAAACUCAACUUCCUCUUACUACCAUUGAAGGUCCUUCUGGUGAUUUUUCUGAAAUUCAACCUGCUGAAACAAGUCAGAUUCGAAGUGACUUAGGCGAGUCAAGUUUUUCUGCCGCAGGCGUAGUAUCAGGUCGUAUAAGUUACUCAGGGUCUAUACCUUAUUCUGGAAGCAUCUCUAUUCGAUCCGACAGUAGCACUACCAGCACGCGGUCCUUUGCAUUUCCCAUGUAA